AUGGCAAUGAAGACGAUUCUGGAGUUUGACUCAAAAGUCAGCGUUUUUUACUUCGACUCGAUCCGUGUGGGUGGAGUGCGUGCAGGUACAAGUGUCCCCUCUUCCUCUCCCCUCCGUUCCUCUCCGUGCGCUCCCCUUUCCCCCCCUCCCCCCCUCCUCCGCUCCCUCGCCCCCUUACCCCCGCCGCCUCCCCCUCGCUCUUUACCGCAGGUGGCGGUGAAAAAGAUGAAGCGGAAAUUCUACUCGUGGGAAGAGUGUAUGAGUUUGAGAGAAGUCAAGUCGCUGCGCAAGCUGAACCACAGCAACAUCGUGCGGCUGAAGGAGGUGAUCCGGGAAAACAACGAGCUAUUCUUCAUCUUCGAAUACAUGGACUGCAAUCUUUACCAAGUCAUGAAGGACAGGGAGACGCUUUUCCCCGAGUCAAAAAUACGCAGCUGGAUGUACCAGGUGCUGCAAGGGCUAGCGUACAUGCACAAGCACGGGUACUUCCACCGCGACUUAAAGCCCGAGAACCUGCUGGUGACCAAGGACGUGAUCAAGGUGGCCGACUUUGGGCUCGCCCGGGAGGUGCGGUCGCGGCCGCCCUUCACGGAUUAUGUCUCCACACGAUGGUACCGUGCUCCAGAGGUGCUUCUGCAGUCCACCGUUUACAACGCCCCCAUCGACAUGUGGGCCAUUGGGGGCAUCAUGGCGGAGCUAUUUUCCCUCCGCCCGCUCUUCCCUGGCGCCAGCGAGAUCGACGAGAUAGUGAAGAUCUGUUCAGUCAUUGGCACGCCCACCGUGCACACGUGGCCACAGGGCCUCAAACUCGCCGCUGCCAUGAACUUCCGAUUUCCUGAGUACUCGCCCAUCCCCUUCUCGAAGCUCAUUCCCUCUGCCUCUCCUGAAGCCAUUGACCUCAUGACUCUGCUCUGCUCCUGGGACCCCGCCAGGCGACCCACUGCUGCACAGUCGCUGCAACACCCCUUUUUCCUGGUGGGUUGGGGAGGGGAGUGGGUAAAAAGGGGGAAGUGGGUAGCAAUUGGGGAGGUAGCAAUUAGCAACACCCCUUCUUCCUUCAUCCCCCCACCUCCCAUCCCCCCACCUCCCAUCCCCCCACCUCCCAUCCCCCCACUUCCCAUCCCCCCACCUCCCAUCCCCCCACUUCCCAUCCCCCCACCUCCCAUCCCCCCACUUCCCAUCCCCCCACUUCCCAUCCCCCCACCUCCCAUCCCCUCACCUCCCAUCCCUGCACCUUCCAUCCCCCCACCUCCCAUCCUCACACCCCCCAUCCCCCCACCCCACAUCCCUGCUCCUCCCAUCCCUGCUCCUCCCAUCCCCGCACCCCCCAUCCCUACACCUCCCAUCCCCCCACCUCCCAUCCCCCUACCUCCCACCCCCCCAUCUCCCAUCCUCCCACCCCCCAUGUCUGCGCCUCCCAUCCCUGCUUCUCUCAUGUUCCUUUUGUUAUUUCUUGCCCUACCUCUUCUCCUCCUCUCCUCCCUCUCCUCCCUGCAGAGCGGAAUCCAGGUCCCUCCAGUGAUGCCGUCACCCAAGCCGAACCCCACCAAUUCCAGCCGCACGCACCCCGUCACAUCGCCGCACCUCCCCUCCCUGCCUCAAGCCGCCAGCAAGCCAUACAGCCACCUGGAUGAGCACUUAGACGAGUGGGAAGGGGCGCCGGGGCAGUCAGGGGGAAGCGGGGCCAUGGGGCCAGCAGGGGGGGGAAUGGGCGCGGGAGGGGGAGGGGGAGGGGGGUAUUUGCCACAGCAGGGGCAGGUCGUUUUUGCUGGUGCUCAAUCAGUCAAUGUUCCUACCUACCUCAUCAUCUUCCCCUCUUCCUUGGCAGGCAUAUCGCGGCACUCAAACGCCUCUUCUUCGCGGUCCAAUGCUACAGGAGCUGCCCCCAUGGACAUGCAGAUGGACACAUCACCACACAUGGCAGCACCUUCAUCCCGCAAAUCUGCAGCAGCACUAGCAAGGGCAGGGUCAGCAGCAGCAUCCAUGGCAGCAGCAGGGCCCCCCUCGCCUCACGAUCCCAGUGCAGCCUAUUCCAGAAUGGGGACCUACCCGGCAACACACGCCCAGGAUGCAUAUGCGUAUGGCAAUGGGCCGGCAGACAUGGGUCCCCCUGGGGAUUACUAUGGGGGGGGAGGCGGUCAGAUGGAUAUGAUGGGGGGAGGUCAAGAUGAACACCCGGCCCGGCCUCGCCCCACUCGCCCCACGCGCAAUCGAUCGGAAGCCGCGGUUACCGCGUGCCUUCCGCCCGUCUCACCCAAGCAUUACUACCGCCGAACGGAUGACGUCACGACGAGAACCGAUGGCGCCACGACUCCAUCCGUUGGAGUGGAUCCCGCCAGGGGAGCAGAUGACGUCAUGCGGAAGGGGUCGGAUGACGUCACGCCUAACGGCGUACAUAGCUCAGCGGCGAAGGGGGUUUCCCUGGAUAGAGAUGGCGCUGCUUCGGGAGCGGCGCUAGCAUUGGAGUCGAACCCAACAUCCCCCACACCACUGCAGCACCACCAGCACCAGCAGCAGCAGCAGCAGCAGCGGCAGCAGCAGUCCAAGUCACCCCAGCGCUACCAACAGCUGCAGCAAACGUCGCUGCAUCCCCAAGCGCGCUCCCCUGAACCCACCCGGUGGCCGCCCGAGCCCCCGUUAGAGUCACACCAUGGAAAAGGGACCACCCGAAGGGGAACCCGAGAGGGGGGGAUAGGAGACCCAGACGUACCUGGUGAAGAGGUCAGUCAGGCGAGGGAUGUUUCUUCUCGAGGGAAGAGCGCAGCUGUGGUGAAUGCAGGGGCGGGCGAGGCAGGUGAAGAGCGGGGGGAGAGUGAGUCGGGGGACAGCUGUGCUGCACGCGAAGCGCCAGCAGGAGCAGCUGAAGCAGCAGGUGAAGGAGCAUCGAGAGCGGAAGUAGCAGGCGCAGGCCCAACCAAGGUACCAGACUCAGCAACGGGAGGGACUGCCGCAGCAGGAGCCAUAGGAGCGUCAGCAGCAGCAGCAGCAGUAGCUGGAGUAGCAGCGUCAGCAGCAGCAGCAGCAGUAGCUGGAGUAGCUGCGUCUACACCACGACCACUAGUACCGGCAAGCGCGAUGGGAAAAGUCCCAGGGCCUGCAGAAGUGACGAAACUCCCCGUACCAGAGUUCUUUCCAGACACGGCUGCUGGAGACCCAGCAGACGCGUGGGUGAGCCGGCCGCCCGUGGACGAGGGCAAGCCCAUCCGGUGGCGCAAGGGCGAGCUGAUCGGUGCGGGCGCGUACGGGUGCGUGUACAUGGGACUCAAUCUGGAGUCGGGCGAGCUGCUGGCCGUGAAGCAGGUGCUUAUUCCUUCUGCCUCCACCACCAAGGACAAGGCGCAGGUGAGAGGGACUGCCUGGGGGUGCGAGCUGAUAGGAGCGGGCGCGUACGGGUGCGUGUACAUGGGGCUAAAUUUGGAGUCGGGCGAGGUGCUGGCCGUGAAGCAGGUGCUUAUUCCUUCUGCCUCCACCACCAAGGACAAGGCGCAGGAGUACAUCAAGGGAUUGGAAGCGGAGGUCGCAGUUCUCAGGAACCUCUCACACCCAAACAUCGUGCGCUAUCUGGGCACGGCCAGGGAGGACGAGGCGCUUAACAUCUUCCUUGAGUUCGUCCCUGGGGGUUCCAUUGCCUCUCUGCUCAACAAGUUUGGGUGCUUCACGGAAAAGGUCAUCCGCAUGUACACGCGGCAGCUGAUGACUGGCCUGAGCUACCUCCACUACAAUCACAUCAUGCACCGCGAUAUCAAGGGCGCGAACAUUCUGGUGGACAACAGGGGGUGCAUCAAGCUAGCGGACUUCGGGGCGUCACGGAAGUUAGCAGAUCUGGCAACGAUGAGUGGGCACAAGUCCAUGAAGGGCACUCCCUACUGGAUGGCGCCAGAGGUCAUCAAGCAGACGGGGCAUGGCAGGCCAGCGGACAUCUGGAGUGUGGCGUGCACAGUCAUCGAGAUGGCAACAGGCAAGCCACCCUGGAGCGAGUUCCUCUCCCAGGUGUCAGCGCUGUUCCACAUAGCACAGUCCAAGGGGCCGCCUCUCAUCCCCGACCAUCUGUCUGCGGACGCAAAGGACUUUCUGCUGCGCUGCUUCCACCGGGAUCCAAACAAGCGCCCAAGUGCGGCUGAGCUUCUCAAGGCUCCUCUCUCCCCCACCAGCCCUCCGGACUACUGGCAUGACACGCUCCCUGGUAGCCCCUCUCUUGCCUCCCCUCACCAUCACGAACACGCUCCCACCAGCCCCCGCCUGGCUGAUAAUACUGACACCCCUACCGAUUUCAACCCGAUGGAAGAGCCAUCGCACAACGACCCUCUGGGCUCAUACGUGACAGCAGCGCGAGGGCACGGGGGCGAGUCGUCUGCUUGCACUGAGGACGAGGUUACUGGCCCUUUCAGGCAGCACGUUGGUGUGGAUAGUGCCUCCCGGGAUGAUGUGUUCAGUUAUUCGGUGGGCGGGACAAGCAGUAGAGCGGUGGGAGAGAGGGGAGAACGGGGGGAGGGAGAGGGAAGGGGGAAGGAGAGGGGAGACGAGGGGGAGAGUGGGGAGGUGGAGGGAGGAGAGAAGGAGGGAUGGGAGGGGGGCAGGGCUGGUGGAGGGAGGGAGGGGCAGGAGAGGGGAGGGGAGGAUCGUGUGGCUGUGAUGCUCAGCCGUGGAAGUGCGGGCGGGCAGGAGUUGAAGCAAGGGCAGGAGAGGAAGGAAGGGCAGCAGAAGCUGCCAGUGGAAGGGCUGAGUGGUGGUGAGAGGUUGAGACCGGCAGCAGGUGUGAGGCCUUCGCUGCCGCAGCUGGACCUUUCUCUAGCAAUGUCCCACGGACAAGUGGGGCUGGGAGGGCUGGAAAGGGGGGAGAGUGAGGCCUAUUCGGAAGAGGUGCUGCCUGCUGUGUGUGGUCAAGGGAGUGAGGCAGGAGCAGCGUCGGAAGAGGCAGAUGAAGUGCGGGCAGCGCAGCAGAGAGUGCAGCAGGCAGCGGAGCAGGGAGAGAAGCAGCGAGAGCAGCAGGCAGCAGUGAGUGGUGAGAACGUCGGUAGGCCGCCGUCUCCUUCAGUGCUGAAGCAGGGUGGUGUGGGUGGGUUGAGUGGGCUCAGUGGGGCGGGUGGGGCCGGUGUUGUGGGGCCCCUCUCAGGGAAAGCAGGGGAAGGCAAUAGGGUUACCCGCACGCCCUCUCACGGGAGUGAACAGAGAGCAGUGGGGAGUGAGAGGAGUGAGAGUGAGAGCAGAGGAGGGGAAGGUGGGUCGGGGAGGGCGCCGACUCUUUCGCCGCGGCCGCCCGGGAUUGUCAGCAGCAAGUCGGGCAGCUGGGUGAACAGUAGCGAGGGCGACUUUUCUGGGCGGCAGCACCCGGGCAGCUUUGAAGGUUUUGGGCAGGAGGGAAGGUUUGGGGGGCAGGGGAGUGGGGUGCUGCACAGAGGGGGAAGAGGGAGUGUGAGCAGCAGCAGGGCUUCGGUUGGAGGGGUUGGAGGAGGGAUAGGAGGAAUGGGAGGAGGGUUAGGAGGUGGGAGUGGGGGGUCAGUAGUGGGGUUAGGAGGAGUGGGGAGGGUUUUGAGUGGUGGGGGAGGGGUGCCGGUGGGGAGGAGUGGAUCGGGGGGGAGCUUGUUCGCGAGUGGAGUGGGAGGAGGGCUUUACCCUUCUGGAGGGAACGUCUUGGCUCUGCUACAUGACAGCACUGACAGCUUUGUUGGCCAAUCGGGGGACCUGAAGCGGCAGCAGUGGGAGGCAGAGUUACAGCAGGAACUGGCGCUGCAGAGAGAGGAGAAGCGCAAGCAGAUGUCACGGUCCAGCAGCAACGGCAGUGCUGCAGGUGGGGUUGGCGCCAGCCACGCCAACAGCAUCGGCAGUGGCAGCAUCGCUAGCGGUAUAGGUAGCGCAAACACAAGCAUCAGUGCGAGCGCAAGUGCGAGUGCGAGUGGGUCUCGAGAGUUCUUUGGACCGCCUGGCUCCGUUUCCUCUCCGCGUCGAAACCCGCCAGUCUAA